CAGUAGCACAAGCCAAUGUACCGUGCGGGCCUCAGUACAAACUAACGCUAAUAAUAAUAGAGGCAAUAAUACAAGGAAUAACUGCAGUGGGUUUUGUGUAGAGACACAAAAAUAACCAAAUAAUCCGGAAUAUUUUUGCACAAGGAACCGGCAGAGAAGCACGUUGUACAUAGGAAUUUUAAAUCUGUGCAUGGAUAUGCGGCGGGUAACGGUGCCGUGGGGUGCCGGGUUGGUCGUGGCGGUGCUGUCGCUAUUGGCAGAGCACUGUCGAGCGGACGGCGGGGGCCCGAGCCUGGCAGAACGCGUUAUCUGGGCAGUGAACGCCGGCGGAGAGGCUCACACGGAUGUGCACGGUAUUCAUUUCAAGAAGGACCCGCUGGAGGGGAAAGUCGGGAAAGCCUCGGACUAUGGAAUGCGUCUACCCAUUCUGCGCUCCAGCCCGGAGGACCAGGUUCUGUACCAGACGGAGCGAUACAACGAGGAUACAUUCGGCUACGAGGUGCCCAUCCGCGAGGAGGGUGACUACAUCCUGGUGAUGAAGUACGCAGAGGUCUACUUUGCCCAGUCCCAGCAGAAGGUGUUUGAUGUGCGACUGAACGGCCACGUGGUGGUGAAGGACCUCGAUAUCUUCGAGCGGGUAGGCCACAGCACGGCCCACGAUGAGAUUGUGCCCUUCUCCAUCAGGCGAGGCAAGCUGAGUGUGCAGGGGGAGGUGUCCACCUUCAACGGCAAGCUCACUGUGGAGUUUGUCAAGGGUUACUAUGACAACCCCAAGGUGUGUGCUCUCUAUGUGAUGAAGGGGACACUGGAAGAUGUGCCAAAACUUCAGCCUCACCCCGGCCUAGAGAAGCGUGAGGAAGAGGAAGAGGAGGAAGACGACGGGGAAGGUGGAGAGGAGGGGGGUAAGAAGAGUGCCUCAACGGCCCCCAAGCACAGGGUCCAGUCGGGACCCCGAACGCCCAACCCGUACGCGGCCGACAACAGCAGCCUGAUGUUCCCCAUCCUGGUGGCAUUCGGGGUCUUCAUCCCCACCUUGUUCUGCCUCUGCCGGCUGUGAGACCGAGAAAACGGGGGGAUACAGGGGGAGGACUGGGGAAGCAAGGGACAAGAAACUUGAGGAGAGGGGGAGCAGAGGAAGGGGAGGAACCAAGGAAAAGGCAGGUACACUGACACAGGACAGCAAGCGGAGCAAAAACGGGGGAGACGAGAGGGAGACAGAUGCACUGUGGGAGAGAGCUAGACUGGUAGAGAUGGAGAAGUUGGAGGGUCACAGCAAGGAUGGGUGUAGCUGAAAAAGGAAUGCAAAAAAAAAAAAAAAAAAUGGAGAACCUUUGCCUCCUCCGUUAACCAGAGAGAGUGGGGGAGGGAGAGCGAGAAAAACGAGUGUGAACGCGUGUGUCUCUAACUCUGCUCUGACCCAUAACACAACCAAACACAACACCACUGUAGUAUACAAUGCAAAUCGUACGCUCACACACACACACACACACACACACACACACACACACACACACACACACACACACACGACAGGACUGUUUCCAAACCAGAUUGUCUGGUCUUGCAGGAAAUGGAAGUGCCAUACAGGGGAUGCUGCUGGCAAUUGGCUGUCCUCUUAAAUGCCUGUGAGCACUGCUUCUAGUUGGGGGUGAGGUUUAGAUGUGCAGGGAGUGAAGACAUUGGGUGCCGCAGUGAGACAGACCUUUCGGGUUGAAGAGAUUUGCAUAACUUCAGAUAUUAACAAUCCAGUGAACUUUUCAGGGGAGAGGAAAGCAAGGUGUAUCUGUGUGUUCUGGAGAAAUGCAAAAGCAAGCAUUUGAAAGAGAGACUUGAAAAAAUUGCAAAUGCGGUAUGUGUGGCAUGCCAUCAAUUUCAUAUAUUUUAUUCUUGCCUGCCUUUUUUUUUUUUUUUAAGUUUUCAUCGCAUCAUUUGUGCUUUAAAUUUUUCAAGUUUUUCCAAACAUGCCCAUGUGAUAAAGCUAAUUGAUGUAGCUUAGGAUAUAAAACUUGAUGCCACAGCUUUGUUUGUGAGGAAACUUACAACACUUAAGACAUUUCAGCUACUGAUAAGGGUCACCAUCAGAAUAAACCUUAAAGUUGCUUGGAUUGCAAGAGCCAUAUUGUCCUUCACACGUUGCCUUUUUACAGUCAGUUUCAGUCACCAUCAUUGUUGCUACUCUUUUCAUCAGACCACACAUAGCAAGACAUUUGCAUACUGCAAGCGCUGCUUAUUGAAACAGCUAAGCAACAUGGCUGACCACAUGUGCUUUUUUCAAGCACGAAAACUUUGUUUCCCCACAAAUUGGGUUGUUGUUCCGGAUGCUAUUUGUUGUACAUUUUUAAAUGGUGAAAAAUCAUUUUAUUUCACCAUUUAAAAUGGAAAACAAUUUUUCAGUUUGGUAUUCC